AUGGUCACCGAGAAACUAUCCAGUCAUGAAGCACUCUCAGACCCAACCCUAGCUGUGGUAGUGGCUUUGAUUCACUAUGAUCGUCUUCAAGGCCAAUUUCAUCAAGGCAUGGUUCAUUUCAAAGGACUUCAACAGCUGGUCCAGUUACGAGGCGGAAUCACCCAACUGCGGAGGAAACCUGCCAUAGCUCAAAAAAUUUUUAGGGCCGAUCUCGAGUUUGCUCUUCAAUUAGGCUCCAGAACAUGGUACAAUGUCGAGGAUGUUCCCGGCCAUGAGAUAAUUUCCAGCCUUCGCGAAGAGUCCCUGCGGGAAUAUCCAGUUCGAGAUUCCCGAAUUUUCAGACGAUUGAAUGUUGACUUUCAAGACGUUCUGUUCGAUGUUCUAAGCCUUGCCUGGCUGCUCAAUGCCACCAGCAAACACGCAAACAGACUAGACGGAUUCUUGCUCCACGAAACUAUUACACUACUUGGAUAUCGUAUCAUCCAUUUGAGUCCUCUAGGAGGCUCCAGACCUGUCGAGCGUCUUGAAAAUAAGUUGCAUCUCGGUCUGAUCACAUUUGUGGCAACAUUUUUACUCAGUAUCACACGCAAACUUCCAGAAUUCUGCCUACUUUCCCGACUCCUUCGCUCGGCUGCCCAAGAGGACCUUGAGGAAGAUGAGGAGAACCAAGAAGUGCUACUUUGGACCUUAUUUCUUGGAAGGGCCUCGAUAUUCAAAAAAUCAGACGAUUCCUGGUUAAUUCCGAGGAUGACGGAGAUAACUUCAGCUCUAGGGUAUUCAAAUUGGAAAGAUAUCAGUCGAACUCUUCGCAAAUUUCCCUGGGUCAAUGCUCUUCAUGACAGGCCAGGCCAAGCACUCUGGCAAAAAACAGUGGCACACUUAUGUUUUCCGACAGGAUUUCCCGGCAACCAGUCGUUAAUUUGGAAAAGCACUCAUUUUGCUCCAUCAGCCGGAGUAAACGGAUUCAAGGUUCUGUGA